UCUCAACAUUAUAAAGUGGAGAUAAAAUAGUAAUAAAAUCGUUAACUUUGCAUUUUCAGUUAACUUUAGUUUCAUUAAUUCUGCAAAACAUCGCUGGUGAUAAAUUUAUUCCAGAGUGAUUUCUUCCAUGAGUCAUUUAAAAUUAAAAUAAGUUUCCAUUUAAAAUGUCGGGCCGAGGGAAGAAAGCUGCGCCGCGAAAAAAGGCAAAUGGAUACAAAAUGCCUGCUCCUAUUCCCAUCGGAGAGGUAAUAUGUGACACCACGGCCAAGAAAAAAUGGAGGAUAGGUCCUUCUGUAGGCGUUGGGGGCUUUGGAGAGAUAUACGCUGCUUGCGAAGAUGGCUCUCCCAGGAAGAAUGCGAAUUACCCGUAUGUUGUCAAAAUCGAACCUCAUGAGAAUGGGCCCUUGUUUGUUGAGAAACACUUUUACCUUAGAAAUGCCAACAAAGAUGAUAUUUCACAGUUUAUGAAGGAAAGGAAACUAACAAGCCUUGGAAUGCCGACUCAUUUUGGCAGCGGCUCUCACAUGUACAAAGGUGAAAAGUACAGGUACCUUAUAUUAGAAAGAUAUGGUAAAGACAUUUGGAGCAUUUUCCUGGAGAGUCAGAGGUUAUUCUCACCGACUGCAGUCUUCCAAUUAGGAUUACAAAUGCUAGACAUAUUAGAGUACAUACAUAAUCGGGGCUAUGUUCACGCUGACAUCAAAGGAGCUAAUAUUCUGAUGGGAUUGAAGAAAGGGAAAGAACACCAAGCUUACCUCGUAGACUUUGGAUUGGCUUCUCGGGUCAAUGACAAAGAGUUCAAACCAGACCCUAAAUCUGCCCAUAAUGGAACUAUUGAGUACACAAGUCGUGAUGCACACUUAGGUGUACCGACGAUGCGUGGUGAUCUAGAGAUUUUGGGCUACAACAUGCUGCAGUGGAUAACAGGGGAACUGCCAUGGGAAAAAUCAUUGAAAGAUCCUCGCACUGUUCAAACAUUGAAAGAAGCCUUCAUGAAAAACGUGAAAGCCAAUAUCACAAAACAGCACCAUGAUGUUCCUGAUGCUCUAAUAAAAUUCUUUGAGUACAUAAACACAUUGGAGCCCAAACAAAUACCAGAUUACGUGAAAUGUCGGCAACUCUUCGAGACUUACCUCAAAAAGGAAGGGAAAACAAAAACAAGUAAACUAGAAUUUACACCAAAGAAAAAACCGAAAACAAGAACACAAGACAGCGAGGACGACAGUGUCAAAGAGAACAAAGUGACUAAACGGAGAGGCAAGCUCACCAAAGUCACCACUGAUACGGUUGCUGACGGACCAGAAAAAACUACAAACAUCAGACAAAUAAAAAGGAAAUCCACCGAACCUGCUUUAGUAGUCAAAGUUAAAAAGACCAGACUAGCGCCGAAGGCCACGCCUCCGACCAAGAAAAAUCACGCGAACAUCGCGACACAGACCUCCGUUGAAAAGGCUAAAGGCAGACAAGUCUCUUUCGACAGUCCAAUCAGUGAAGUGAUCGGUGAAAAAAGUUCAGUGAAUUCAAGUGGUGAUAUAUUUGAUGAUUCAUUCGUUAUUGAAGAGAGGAAGGUUAAACGUCCAAGGAAAGUAGUAACCGAUGAGCAUGUCACUAUUAAAAAGGUCGUUAGAAAGAGAGUUGUGAAGAAGGGCAGGUCCUGGAAGGACGCGCCUACCGUCGUCAACGGACGAUCGCCCCCCACAUAAACCACUCGUGUUGAAAGGGUUUUAGGGACAGUUUCAGAAAGAUCAACACCGAUGUGGUAUUUUUAUAUGAAGACCAGAUAAUACUGAGUCAUGCUUAAGAAAUGUACUAGAGCAGAUUGCUUCGUAACAUUGAACCAAAAAUUGUGCAUUUUUUUGAAAUGUCCUUAAAAUGUUAUCUUUUACUACAUUGCAAUAUACAAAGUUAUUUGUUAAAAAUAAUAAUGAAUAAGACUUAAAUUUUUAAGUAUUAAAUACAACAUGUAAGAACCUUCACAUCUGUUUCUAACAAACCUAUACAGGAGACAGUUCCUACUGCUACAAAUGCUGACUGUAAUUUUUCUCUUUGAUAUAAUGCAAUAGAAUAAUUUCUCUGGAUUAUUAAAAAUAUUUCUGGUAUGUGAUUCUACCAGACAUUCAAAUCCCUUUUUUAAAAUGUGAAUGUGUUGUUUGCUACGAUAUAAAUUGUAAAAUGUUAUGUAGCAUACAUGAGUCGACUAUUAUCAAAGCCGGCAAUCUGACUUUU